CCCUCCUAGCCCUGCGGCUCCGAACUCGGUGGUCUUGGAGGCUUCGCGGGAUUGGGGAGAAGAUGGCGGAAGAGGAGUUCCCCAAUACAACUCACAGUGGUUUCAAUGUCACCCUCCACACCACCCUACUUGUCACUACGAAACUGGUGCUCCCAACCCCUGCCAAGCCCAUGCUACCUGUGCAGACUGGGGAACAGGCUCAGCAGGAAGAGCAGUCGAGCGGCAUGACCAUUUUCUUCAGCCUCCUUGUCCUAGCUAUCUGUAUCAUACUGGUGCAUUUGCUGAUCCGAUACAAAUUACAUUUCUUACCUGAGAGUGUUGCUGUUGUUUCCUUAGGUAUUCUCAUGGGAGCAGUUAUCAAACUUAUAGAGUUUAAAAAACUGGCAAAUUGGAAGGAAGAAGAAAUGUUCCGUCCAAAUAUGUUUUUCCUCCUGUUGCUUCCACCUAUUAUAUUUGAGUCAGGAUAUUCAUUACACAAGGGUAACUUCUUUCAAAAUAUUGGUUCUAUCACUCUGUUUGCUGUUUUUGGUACAGCAAUUUCCGCUUUUGUAGUAGGCGGAGGAAUUUAUUUUCUGGGUCAGGCUGAUGUAAUCUCUAAACUCAACAUGACAGACAGUUUCGCAUUUGGCUCUCUUAUUUCUGCUGUUGAUCCAGUGGCUACUAUUGCUAUUUUCAAUGCCCUUCAUGUGGACCCAGUGCUCAACAUGCUGGUUUUUGGUGAGAGUAUUCUCAACGAUGCUGUCUCCAUUGUGCUAACCAACACAGCUGAAGGUUUAACAAGAAAAAAUAUGUCAGAUGUCAGUGGGUGGCAAACAUUUUUGCAAGCCCUUGGCUACUUCCUCAAAAUGUUCUUUGGCUCAGCAGCACUCGGCACUCUCACUGGCUUAAUCUCUGCAUUAGUACUAAAGCAUAUUGACUUGAGGAAAACACCUUCCUUGGAGUUUGGCAUGAUGAUCAUUUUUGCUUAUCUUCCUUAUGGUCUGGCAGAAGGGAUCUCACUCUCAGGCAUCAUGGCCAUCCUGUUCUCGGGCAUUGUGAUGUCUCACUAUACACACCAUAACUUGUCCCCGGUCACCCAGAUCCUCAUGCAGCAAACCCUCCGGACUGUGGCCUUCCUGUGUGAAACAUGUGUGUUUGCAUUUCUUGGCCUGUCCAUUUUUAGUUUCCCUCACAAGUUUGAAAUUUCCUUUGUCAUCUGGUGCAUAGUACUUGUUCUGUUUGGCAGAGCAGUGAACAUUUUCCCUCUUUCCUACCUCCUUAAUUUCUUCCGUGAUCACAAAAUCACACCGAAGAUGAUGUUCAUCAUGUGGUUUAGUGGCCUGCGGGGUGCCAUCCCCUAUGCCCUCAGUCUGCACCUGGACCUAGAGCCCAUGGAGAAGCGGCAGCUCAUUGGCACCACCACCAUCGUCAUCGUGCUCUUCACCAUCCUGCUGCUGGGCGGCAGCACCAUGCCCCUCAUCCGCCUCAUGGACAUUGAGGAUGCCAAGGCACGUCGCAGGAACAAGAAGGACGUCAACCUCAGCAAGACGGAAAAGAUGGGCAACACCGUCGAGUCAGAGCACCUAUCAGAGCUCACGGAGGAGGAGUAUGAGGCACACUACAUCCGACGGCAAGACCUCAAAGGCUUUGUGUGGCUGGACGCUAAGUACCUGAACCCCUUUUUCACACGACGAUUGACUCAGGAGGACCUCCACCACGGGCGCAUCCAGAUGAAAACCCUCACCAAUAAGUGGUAUGAGGAGGUACGCCAGGGCCCCUCCGGCUCUGAGGAUGAUGAGCAGGAGCUGCUGUGAUGGAGCCCGCGCCGUGGCCUCUGGGCUCAGGAUGGACACCCAGCAAGGGCCUCCAGAGGCACUUGCGUUUGGCUGCCUCUUCAAGGGAGAAGAAAGCAGAGUGAAGGAAAAGACCGAAGUCUUCUUUACCCAGGACUUUCCAGGACUUUGGUGCCAGCUGGCGUCUUCUGCAACAUGGCUUCUCCCUGCUGCUCACUGAGCCAGACUGCUGUCAGUGAUGCCUCCCUGCCUGCAGACUGGAGAGCCCACCAAGUCCAGGUAAACAUUUCCCUCUGCUGCCAGGCUGAGUCAUCAUCUGUCAUGCUGAGUUGGCUGAGAGGGUCUGCAUAGAACCUGCCAUGAGUGCUGGUUUGCACUUCAGCCACUGCCCCCAUCACCUUCCCAGGAGCCUGUGGAGCUGGGCCCCUUCCCUGCUGAAAUAGGCAUCUGGGUGAACAGCAGGAGGCACCAGCCACCAAGAGACUCUUUACCUCCUCCUCAUCCUAAGUAGCAGAAAGUCUGGCCUAAACAGCAGGUCCAGAAAUUUUGUAAGUUAAGUGAGGUUGCUUGCACUCCCUGAAAAGGAACCACAAAGCAACCUUUUUCUACUUUACGUCUAGUUGGCACCUCACAGACUGUCUCCCUGGUAGCAGCAGCUCCUGCCCUUCUCUGGGAACACUGUGAAUGUUUACACUGGGCUGAGCACAGGGGCACAGGCCCUGCUCUAAGAGCUAUCUUGGAAGCUGCCUCCCUGGGCUGCUGGAGUGGGUGGGUGAGCCCAUUCUGUGUGCUGAGAGUGCCCUCUAGAGGGAAAAUCUAGAAGUACAGGGGGUUGGGCCCCCACCCCUUCUGGUUUUGAAUUCAGUUUCAGUCCAUGCACUUUUACAAGAGCCUGCUGUCACCUCCCUCACCAUGACUCCCCCACUCAGUGGUACUUUUGUUUGUCCAGAGGCCCUUCUCCUGGGUCCUGAGUGUUCUGUCCACCUGUUACCCUUCACUGCUAAUUAGUAUUUCCUCUUUCCUUUUCCUAGUUCUCUGUUGCCUUACUCCCAUUCAGCCUCCAUGCCAGGUCCCGGCUUAAAGCCAGAGCUGCAGCACCACAUUUUCCUUCUCACUCUUACCCAGGAUUCCAGUGGCCUAGACAUGAUGUAUGGAGGCGGAGAAUCUUGCCCAGCAUCCCUGAACAGCUACUGCUACCUCAGGACCUGUUCAGAAUUUUUCUCUCUGUCCCUCUCCCUCUAUACAUAUAAAUACACACACACGGGAAUAAAGUGACUAGAUUUCAAGUCUGCUUCUCAUCUGCCCUUUAACAAGCCUCUGACCUGCUUGCCUUUACCUAUCUGGAGCUGUGGGCAAUUCCCACAUGUCACUCGGGGUUCUGACUGGAACUUUGGGGCCCAGCACCCUCUGGGUUGGUCUAGCUCACCAUGCAUGUCUUGGCUUUCUGGAGGGUCAUAUUGGGCCCAUGUGCACCAGCAUGGACCCAAGACUGGUAGCAAGUCUGUUCCCACUUCUGCUUCAGACAGUGGCUCUGGAUGUCAGGAAGACAUGAUCCCAUGCAGGCCCGGCCCUAAGCCCCUCCCCUGUAUGUAACUGUGCGGCUAAUGAGCCUGCAAGCACAUGGUUUCCUUUUCAGUGCAUGAAGUAAAUUUGUAUUUGAUAGGAAAAAAUGAUUUUUUUAUUAUUUAUUUUUAUUAGAGACAGAGAGAAAUUGAAGGGAAGGGGAGAUAGAGAUGGAGAGAGACAGAGAGACACGUGCAGCCCUGCUUCACCACUCAUGAAGCUUUCCCCCUGCAGGUGGGGACCUGGGGGCUUGAACCCAGGUCCUUGCGCACUAUAGUGUGUGCACUUAACCAGGUGUGCCAGCUCCUGGCCCAAUUUUUUUUUUUUUUUUUUUUUUUACCAGAGCACUGCUCAGCUCUUGCUUAUGGUGGUGUGGGGGGAUUGAACUUGGGACUUUGGAACCUAAAGCAUGAGAGUCUCUUUGCAUAACCAUUAUGCUAUCUACCCUCUGCCCCAUUUUUCUUUUUUGUAAUUUCCUGCCUUAGCUCCUUAGCUGGAGCCAAACAAGAUUUUACUCCACCUGAUACCCUAACUGGAUGAGUAAUGCUUUGCAUAACUCCUAGUUCUGUUAUUUCCUAUUUACUUUUAGUGGGAAUCAGAAAAGGUCAAAGAAGGAGGAGACUUUUAUUUAUACCUAGGGUUGGGGAGAGUUUUGAGGUCACAUUGUUUACUCAUACCCUGACUCAUAAGUAGUUUACUUUCUCCCCUGGAAUUCAAGGUCUGCUCUCAAAUGUGUAAGCUGUGUUACCAACUCAGUAGCUGGCCAGGAUGAUCCUUCCUCUCUCUGUCUCUCAUACAGGGGGUGUGGGUGUCAGUGAAUUCAGAUUAAACAGUGAGAAUGUUCUCAGCUGAGACUGCCUGAAACCUUUAAGCUAACUAACACCUGAAAAUGAUGCUGUAGUACCGAAGCCUGUGGGGACUCCCCCCUCCACCCCCUGCCCCUUGGCAUGGCUGUGGGAGGGCAGGGCAGGUACUGGAGAGCAGCCUGGAUCUCCUGAGAGUCUCUUCUCCCCUCUGCUGGCCCAUUGAGGGUUUAGCAGUCUGGGCCAGCAUUCCCAUGAGGAUUGGGAUAACCCUGAUCCUAAGUGCUCUGUUUGACUACAUGACUACAGAGACAGAGACGGGGGUGGGGGGGUGUUUGAAAUGUCUUUGCCCAAGAAUAAAAAAAACACUACUGCCUGUCUUUAGCAUCCCUAACAAUUCUAUUAUUGGGGGCAAUAAAUACCUAGUCUCCUAGGCUACUGAAAUAGCCAGCAUAACUACAGCUCCCCACAUACUGCCUUUUAGGUGUGGGCCUUGGGACUGGACUGCUGUGUGCGUUAGAGAGUGGUGCCAGCUAUGAAUCUGUGAGUGCCAGCACAGCAGCCAUGCCGUCUCCAUGCCAUACCCAAGGCCUACCCGCAGCCCUUCCAUAGCAGGUCCGGUGGUCUUUUUUUUUAAUGACUUACUGGAAUAAUUACAUACUUUCUGCCACAAUGUGACUGACUAUAGGACCCCUGGGAACAACUGCUGCCUGAGGGAAGAAGCUGGCUUUUCCCAAUUCCCCAGAGGACAUGUUUGACCUGAGCCAGACAGAAGGUGGCUGGCUCAGCACCAUCAUCUGGUGCUCAGACAGACUCAGACAGACCAGCCACACUUCACAGUGCUCAGGCCCUAGCUGACAUGAGGCCAAGGGGCAGGGCCUACUGCAGGAUGUUGGCCUCCCCUGAGUAUUUUAGUCAGCACAGGGAGGCCCUGAUUUGUCUGUGCAUUUCUUUCUGUAUGUGCAAUGAAAUGCUGACAGAUCAGUGAGUAGAAAGCUUUUUUUUUUUUUUGCAGGAUUAUCACUGAGUCUCCAUGCUUUGCAUGACUCCACCACUCCCAGUGGCCUUUUUUUUGUUUGUUUAUUUGUUUGUUUUCAUCUUCUUUCUUCCCCCCCCCCAGUGGCCUUUUUAUAAAUAAAUAAAUAAAUAUUGAUAUGGAGAAAGAUACAGAGAAAGAAAGACACCAUAGCACUGCUCCAUCACUUGUAGAACUUGCCUGCUGCAGGUCUGCAGGUGUUCCUAUGUGGUGGCCAGAGGCUCAGACCCAGGUACUCGUGCACGGUAAUAUGUGUGAGCUACUGGGUGAGCCACCUUGCUCCAGGCCUAAAUCCUUCUCUCCUUAAAACCUGUGUCAGGUUUGACAUCAGCAAGACUUGACCUCAUAGGUCUCAGGCCCUUGUUACCACAGGGAACUCCAUGCUUGACGAAGUCCUCAGGGUAGCCACAGUCAGGAACCCACUUCUGCUUUGGUGCAGGGGGGCUACAGGACAAGGUGAUGGUCAGCUUCUCCGCAGCUAAGUCAUGGCCAACAAAGCUGCACGUAUGGUUUGGGUGGAUGUGAUCUUAGAACUUUGAUUCAGGUGUGAGAAAAAGCUCCCAACAGCAAUGGCCUGCCAUCAGUUAGAACUUUAAGUGUGGGCUGGGGGAUAACAUAAUCUUUUUUGCAAAAAGACCCUAGGCUCUGAGUUCCUGGGUUCAAUCCCCAGCACCACCAUAAGCCAGAGUUGAGCAGUGCUCUGAUAAUAAAAAUUAAAAAUACAAAUAAAAAGCUUUAAAUGUGCAAAGACGAUUAACCACCUUCUGAUUCUAUCCUCAUUUCCUCCUGAAUGCUGACAUGUGUUUCUUCUACUGGCUGGUGGGAAAAAACCCUAUCUGAAUGUUUCUAAUAGAGCAACCAGACUCACUAAGCCAGUGUUCUACCAGGAGCUCAGCCUCCAAAGCCACAGGCAGUAUCUCUUCAUAAAAACACCACAGAGCAAAGGCUUAACGAGAAGUCACCACAUUCUCGUAAGCUCCUGUUUCUCACACAAAAUUAGAUAUUCCACUGUGUCUGUUGUCACUGACCGUGUGACAAAAGGAAAGCUUUCCAGUUUCAGCUAGAAACUAUCCCAUGCCAUUUUUUAAAUAUUUUAUAUAUUUGUUAUUGUAUAAAGACAGAGAGAAACUGAGAAAGGAGGGGAAGGUAGAGAGGGGGAGAGGGGGAGAAAGAAAGAGACCUGCAGCACAGCUUCACAGUUUGUGAAGCUUUCCCUCUGCAUGUGGGUACCAAGGGCUUGAACCUGCAUCCUUGUGCACUGUAAUGUGUGCUCCUAACCAGCUGUGCCACCACCUGGCCCCUCCCAUGCCAUUUUCUCACCCUUACCCACCUCAGUAAGCAUAAACCUGGGGAGGAGUGGAGAGGACGUUGUCCUUCUCACCUGUAAGUUAGUCUCUGCUGUCCUGCACUAGCUGACCUAACAGCAGAAUGACAGGCUGGGAGUGAGGUUUUAAUGGCAUAGCUGUGGGUCUCUGGGCCCUGAGGAUUGGAUGAGGACAUGUGAAUUGGUUAAAAAAAAAAAAAAAAAAAAAAAAGUCAUUCAUCGGCUAUAUGGAACUUGUCAGCCACCUAGAAGAGCCAGUAUUUUCCUGGAACUCACACCUCCCCAGAACUCAGCCCUGCUCCAUGCAAUCAGAUCACCUGGGCCAGAAGGCAUCUUACUUGCUGACUGAGUUUUGUGGAUUUACCAAAGGCUUUAAUGUUUUCCUUCAAAAACAGUUUCUACAAAGCUUGAUUUCUUCUCAAGGUUAAUCAGAAUCUUGUAUUCUUUUGAAUAAUUUUUGUAAAGAUGAAGGAUUUUUUUUUAAGUAGUGCUUGCUUUUUUGUGUUUGUUUUCUUAAAGAUAAUUGUGAAGGUCAUAAUUCUUGUGUCCUCCCCCGUAUGUUGUGAGAGGCCUUGUCAGGUCUUGGUUCCUGAGAAAUGGUUGGUUCUCCUCCCUGGAAGCAGUGGUGAGAGAUGAGAGACUCUAGCUGCUGUGCUGGGGCCCCACUUCACUCUGCUGCAGUCUAAAUUCAGAAAUGGAUGGAAACAUAACCAGCACUGGACACUUAUGUAGAAAUAAAAAUGAAUGCUGCUGACUCA